UAUGCUCUUGCGAGGUAUAUAUAAACUUAUCGUAAUCGUAUGCUCGACAUUUUGAGCAAGUGAAGUCAGUGGCCAAGCCACAGUAAUGGUGGCAUAAUUAUCACAUCUGUUUAAUAUGAAAAUAGUGGCAUAAAAAUGCAAAUUGUCAUUACUAAUGCUUUUCCUGGUGCUGCUCUUCACGUGUUUUUUUUGUUAACCUGCUGAUCACGUGUUCGAUCAGCUAUUUCGUGUAGUAGCUUUUGUCUGACUAAACCACUUAUUUCCGAGGAUCUUACUCGUCAUAAGGCUUGCUUCAUUAAAAUCUGAGCUUUUCUUUAUCGAAAAAACGGAUUAUAUCACUCAAUAAACUACGUGUCUGAGCGCUGAUUAGCAAGUUUGAUGCCCUAGUAAAUAUGAAUGGUAGAUCAAUAAGGAUAACAAAUUAAUUACCAUUGACAUAUGGUAAAUAUGUAAAAGCAGAGAUGAAAAUCCAAGACAAAUGCUUCAAUAAUUAGCAAGAUCCAUGCUUGAAACCCAUGAUUCCUGGCAUGAUAAUGCCAAAUUGAUCCUCUUUUCACGUGACUUGUCGCCCACUGGGGAAUUAUAAAUACCUUUCGCCGUAAACACCGAAAAUUGCGCCGUAAAAUUGCCCAUCUUAAUACACCUCCAUUUUAUAGAAAUUUAGAAAUAAAUAAGAGUACUCUACAGUUCAUACAGUGGAGACAAGAAUUCCUACGUUAGCAAAAAGGACGCCUUUAUUCCCUACUUUUGUUAUUUAAUUAAUUAUGAGAUAUGAUUCAUGUCUCUCCCUCUUGGUUAUUUUUUACCAACUCCAUAACACUAACUUCUUUAUGAAUUCACGUUCUCAAUCCAGAAAAGCUCAAGAAUCAAGAGCUACAAAGGAGAGUUUUUUUAAGAAACUCUUUCCCUAGAGCUCUAACUGAAUUGAAAGUCCCAGAGCAAAGCAUGAACAAGUUUCCCAUAUACCCAAAAUAUGAAGCUGGGGAUUAUUGUGGCUAUGAGUUUGAUCCUCAGACAGACUUUAUGGAUUUCUUGUCAGAAGCAAGAAAUCAUGCAUCUGAAUGGCAAUGCAGUGCUACACCUCCACGUUCAGUAGAAUUGGGAAAGAACAAUUCUGAAAAGGAAGUGAAGAAAACUAACAAAAAGUCAUGGAAAAGCUCUUUGUUUUCAUGGCUGAAGAGUGAUAAUAAUAAGAAGAAUCAGCAGAGCAGAGAACCUCCAAAAGGCUCAACCAUUAACAAGCCAAAGCGUGGAUUUGUAUCGGGUCCAAUGCCAGGGAUUAGUGGGCCGGGUUUUAUAGCUGGAAGGCCCAAUAAGCCUUUGUCUGGGCCCCUCACAAGUUUGUUCAGUCCAAUGAACAAAGUGGAUAAUGAGAUACCAUAUUUGUGUCUUCAGAAGGUUAAGGAUAGUAACCCUGGUGUUCAAUCUUAUGGACCUGUUUAUCUGGUAACUUAGCAACUUUGGUUUGGCUGAGGUUGGGUUUCUUGUUCUAGAUUAUCUUUUAUGUUGCUAAGGGUAAGUUUAAUUUAGCAGAGACUAAAGGUAACUGUGAAUUUAUGGGUUUUAAUUUCUGAGAGGUGAUGAAUGCUAACAAAUUUCAUUUGCAUAAAGAAUUUGCGAUUUGUUGAAAAGAAUAGAACUUUGUUUAUCAUUUCAUGCAAAUUUAGAGAGAUUUUCGGGA